UAAACAAAUAAGAACUACUACCACAGAGGAGGGGCGCGACGUGUCUCUGAAAGGGCUUUGGGGGAUUUUGCGCGCCUGCCCCGGAACCCCGAACGGAUCGACGGCCAACAACAGUACGCGGAUUACUCCGCCGACGCCACCAUGAGAGUGACGGAAUUGAUUAUCGACGGCUUCAAGUCGUAUGCCGUGCGGACGGUGAUAUCAGGAUGGGACGAGAGCUUCAACUCCAUCACCGGCCUCAACGGCAGUGGCAAGUCCAACAUCUUGGACGCCAUCUGCUUUGUACUGGGCAUCACCAACAUGUCCACUGUCCGAGCUCAGAACCUGCAGGACCUUAUCUACAAGCGCGGACAGGCAGGCGUCACCAAGGCCAGCGUCACGAUCGUAUUCGACAACAGAGACAAGAAGCGUUCCCCCAUCGGAUUUGAGGAAUAUGCGACCAUCAGUGUGACCCGGCAGAUCGUGCUUGGUGGGACCACGAAAUACCUGAUCAACGGCCACCGUGCCCAGCAACAGACCGUCCAGAACCUGUUCCAAUCGGUCCAGCUGAAUAUCAACAAUCCCAAUUUCCUGAUUAUGCAAGGACGCAUCACCAAGGUGCUGAACAUGAAAGCCGUCGAGAUUCUCGCCAUGAUCGAGGAGGCGGCGGGCACGAGGAUGUUCGAGGAUCGGAGGGACAAGGCGCUGAAGACGAUGGCAAAGAAGGACCUGAAACUCCAGGAAAUCACCGAGCUGCUCCGCGAUGAGAUUGAACCGAAGCUUGAAAAAUUACGAACUGAAAAGCGCGCCUUUCUCGACUUUCAGCAGACGCAAAACGACCUCGAGCGGCUGACUCGGGUCGUGGUGGCUCACGACUAUGUGCGGUGUCAGGAGAAGUUGAAGCAAUCGGCCUCGGACCUCGAAGCAAAACGGCAGCGUGAGAAGGACCUGGAGGAGUCAGCCGCACGACUCAAGAGUGAAAUAUCCAAUCUAGAGGAGGAUUUGCAACGGGUCAAGGCGCAACGCGACAAGGAACUCCGGAAAGGCGGCAAGGCGCAGGCGCUCGAGGAGGCGGUGAAGAAGCACGCCAACGAGCUGGUUCGUCUGGCAACCGCAGCCGAUCUCAAGCGCAGCAGCAUGUCGGAAGAACAGGAGCGGAGGGUAGCAGGUGAGAAGACGGUUGCGGAGCUGGAGGCGACCUUAAAGGAGAAGACGAAGGCGUACGAGAAGAUCAAAGCAAAGUACGACGCAGCCAAGGAGGCAGCGGAGAAGCAGAGACAGGAAGCAGAAUCCAAGGAAGAACUGCUCCAGACUCUACAAACCGGUGUUGCGUCCAAGGAAGGUCAGGAAAGCGGAUACCAGGGGCAACUGCAAGACGCGAGGAACCGCGCCACGGCAGCUGUGACGGAGCAGGAACAGGCGAAGCUCAAGAUCGCUCAUCUCGAGAAGCGCAUCAAAGAGGAGGAGCCGCGUGCGAUGAAGGCAAGGGACCAAAAUGCUGUCCUGCUCAAGGACAUCGAGGGCCUCAAGCAGCAGGCCCAGCGGCUGGAGAAAGAGCUGGGGAAACUCGGCUUCCAACCAGGGUCAGAGCAGGAGAUGUACAAGCAAGAAGCCUUGCUGCAGCAGACCAUCCGGAACCUACGACAGGAGUCCGAUGCGCUGAAGCGCAGGGUCGCCAACAUUGACUUCCACUACGCAGAUCCAGUGCCCAACUUUGACCGGUCCAAGGUCAAAGGCCUGGUGGCGCAGCUGUUCACCCUUGACAAGCAGUUCUCGCAAGCGGCCACGGCCCUCGAGAUCUGCGCUGGUGGGCGGCUGUACAAUGUGGUGGUCGACAACGAAGUCACAGGCACACAGCUGCUGCAGGGUGGAAGGCUCCGGAAGCGGGUGACCAUCAUCCCCUUGAACAAAAUCGCCGCCUUCCGAGCAUCUGCACAGACCAUUGCUACCGCACAGAGAAUUGCACCGGGCAAGGUUGAUCUGGCGCUGUCCCUUGUCGGGUACGAUGAAGAAGUCUCGGCCGCCAUGGAGUACGUGUUCGGCAACACUCUGGUCUGUGCAGAUGCCGACACAGCAAAGAGGGUGACAUUUGACCCCAACGUAAGGAUGCGGAGUAUCACGUUGGAGGGCGAUGCUUACGAUCCCUCGGGCACGCUUUCUGGCGGCAGCGCUCCCAACUCAAGUGGUGUUCUGAUUACGCUGCAGAAGCUCAACGAGAUCACCAGGCAACUCAGAGAAGCUGAAGCAUCACUUGGCCAGCUGCAGUCGCAGAUUGCGCGGGAAAAGUCCAAGCUCGACCAGGCCAAGAAGCUGAAACAGGAACUGGACCUCAAGAUGCACGAGGUCAAGCUUGCUGAGCAGCAAAUCAGCGGUAACUCGUCAUCAUCCAUCAUCCAGGAGGUGGAAAAGAUGAAAGAGACGAUUGCGCAGCUCAAGCAGUCAGUCGUCGAUGCCAAGCAAAGGCAGGCCGAGGCCAGUGCCGACAUCAAGAGGAUUGAGAAGGACAUGAAGGACUUCGACAACAACAAGGACGCCAAGCUCAUCGAGCUCCAGGCUUCCGUCGACAAGCUCCGUGCGUCCCUUGAGAAGAUGGCAGCAUCAAACAAGGCGCUCCAGAAGGAGCUCCAGACGGCGCAGCUCGACUCGGAACAGGUCUCGGGCGACCUCGCUGCGGCGCGAGAACAGCUCCAGGAAAUGGACCUCGCCCUCAAGGCCCAACGGGAAGAGGUGGAGGGACUCGUCGCGCAGCAAAAGAAGGUCAAGGAAGUGCACGAUGCGGCGCAGGCGCAACUGGACGAGGAGCGCACCAAGCUGCACGUCUUUGACGACGAGCUCCGCGCGCUGGAGGAAGCCAUCCGGUCCAAAAACGCGCGCAUCACCGAGGAAGGCCUCGAGAAGCAAAAGCUGGGCCACCAGAUCGAAAAGUUCCACAAGGAGCAGCAGACGGCAGCGCAAAUGGUGGCGAAGAUGGAGGAAGAGCACGAGUGGAUCGCCGACGCGCGCGACCAGUUCGGCCGCACGGGCACGCCCUACGACUUCAAGGGCCAGAACAUUGCGGAAUGCAAGGCGACGCACAAGAACCUGCUCGAGCGCAGCCAGGGCCUGCGCAAGAAAAUCAACCCCAAGGUCAUGAAUAUGAUCGACAGCGUCGAGAAGAAGGAGAUGUCGCUCAAGCACAUGAUGCGGACCGUCAUCCGCGACAAACGCAAGAUCGAGGAGACCAUCAUCAGCCUCGACGACUACAAGAAGAAGGCGCUGCAGGAGACGUGGCAGAAGGUCAACGCCGACUUCGGCCAGAUCUUUUCCGAGCUGCUGCCGGGUAGCUUCGCGAAGCUGGAUCCACCCGAGGGCAAGACCAUCUCGGAUGGCCUCGAAGUGAAGGUCAGCCUCGGCAAGGUCUGGAAGCAGAGCCUGACCGAGCUAAGCGGAGGUCAACGGUCGCUAAUCGCCCUCUCGUUGAUCAUGGCGCUCCUGCAAUUCAAGCCAGCACCCAUGUACAUCCUGGACGAGGUCGAUGCCGCGCUCGACCUCUCGCACACGCAGAAUAUCGGGCGCCUCAUCAAGACGCGCUUCAGGGGCUCCCAGUUCAUUGUCGUCUCGCUCAAGGACGGUAUGUUCCAGAACGCCAACCGCAUCUUCAGGACGCGGUUCAGCGAGGGCACCAGUAUGGUACAGGCGCUCACGCCGGCGGAUCUGAAGUGAGCCUCCUUUGUGUGGCACGCGAGGGCAAGGGGACGUGGGAUGUUUUAGCUCAGAGGGAAGGAAGGAGGCAUGGGGUGCGAGUGAGACGACGAGUUGGGCUAUGUUGGCUCUAU